UAGGUAACCAUGACAACGUUAUGACAAUCGAAGACGCAACACAAUUUAUAAACAUUUACAUAAAUUUUUAUUAUUUACAAUCGUUUGGAUAUACAUAUUAUUUAAAAAUGUUCUGUCCGCACAAAAAUUCUUACCUCCAGCUGGUUUGUGCUAUGAAUCCACGGGUUUUGAAUAAGGCUGUUGACCAGGCCAUGGAGAGGAAACAUUUCGAUCCACACACAGAGCGACCACCAGCUCAGAGACUGGAAUCCAUGCAACCCUCACUGUACGCGCCGCACGUUGACAUAACGCGUGCAAGGCUGGGUUUCGGUAGAAUCGGCCUAAGACUUCUUAAUAGAGAUUUGCACUCACCGGAUCAUUUGAAACAGCUUCAGGCGUUACAUAGCGUUCUCGAUCAGGUACAAAUAACAGAAGACGCAAUGUAUUUGAUUAGCAUACAUUUAGUAUAUCGCUUGAUAGAUUUAAUGCGCAACCCCGACCCUGUCAUUCGAGAAAAGGUCUGUAUGAUUCUCACCAUCGUUGCAAGAUAUCAUCAAGGGAGAGAAAGAAUUAUGACUCGACCAGUUAUUAUAUCAAGUCUCCUUCAUCUCAUACUGCGAGAUCGUAAAGAAAUCAGAUACGCAGCAGCAGUAACACUUAAAACUUUAACCGAUAACCGAUGUUCAGUUGAAACUAUUUUGAAGAACAAGAGAAUAAUAGAGGACUUAUUAAAAAUGGUCAUAAACGACCAUAAGGGGAUUGUUGUUUUACACCUUAAAUCGUUGGCUAAUCUUACUGAGAGAGAUCAACAGCGAGCUUUGAUAUCAAACGCUUUCCAAAUUAUGUUGAAGCUGUUUGAAGAUGACGAUCCGAAAAUCGUUUGUGGCGCUAUGGACUGUAUGACACAGUUAUGCAAGCAUGAAGUCGGCAAGACGUUAGCUGAUGAAUACGACCUAACAUUCGUGCUGCGGCCGUAUCUGAGUCACACAUGCGUCGAAAUUAUAAUCAGCGCAGUAAGUUUAAUGUGUUAUACGACGCUCACAACCCGGUCAAAAUGGCGUGCGAAAGAAAUUUGCGAGGACUUAACAAAAACACUUGUAAAUUUAUGUCAUAAACCAAACAAACCCUUGUUACAAUUGAACUCCAUGCAGGUAUUGAUAAACCUAUGUGACUGCCCAGAUAUAAGGAACCACAUGAAAUUCCAUUGGGAGAGGAAGGUGAUGCUGAUACGUAUAAGGACGCACGAGGAAUGGGACGGUACGACCGAGACUUCCAGUUACGGGUUGGAAACCGGUCAUAAUUAUAGGACAAUGUGUAUUGAGGGUGUGGAAACCAUAAAGAAUGACUAUGGCGAUAAUGCCACUGUUGUUAACGUGCACAGCUACUUGCGACGCAUUCAUGAAAUUAAAGAUAGAUUGUUAUACGCUAUUAAUUGGAAGUCUUAUAAAGAUUAGACUUAAAUUAUAUCAAAAUGUAUCUUAAAAGGAAGAGUCGAAUAGUUUAAAUUUGUUAUUAAAUUUAUAGUAUUGCUCGUCAAUUAUCAACUAAUCAGGUAUUUGAAACUCAAAAUAUAUAUUUGUAACAAUAUACUAAUGUA